AUGAAGGUUCUCUCUCUUCUGGCGUUGUUGGCUGCCACUGCGCCUCUGAAACGAGUUGGCGGCUUGUCCGUCCAAAAAGUGGCGACAAACAGCUCCUUAGCCGAGACUAGUCCGUUCGUCGAGGACCCGGAGGAAGUAUCAAUUACCAUGCGCGCGGGAAGUGAUGAGCCAGAGGACAGCGGCGACGAGAGGACGGUCGAGUGGCCGAAUUUGGCUCAAAAGGCCGUGUCUAAGCUUGCCAAGCUUGCCAACAUUCCACUUUCGCUCGAGACGAAUGAAAUGAAGGCGUUCCGCGAGGUUCAGGUUAAUGAAAAGGCCUUGGAAAUUCGGAAAAGCUCCAAUACGCAAAAGACUUCGAUCGCGGCACCCACAAAAGCGGAAGAGGACGGCGUCGUGGAAAUAGCGCUCGCCGGAUUGAAGAAUACCGGUGAUGUAGAGACAAAGACGACCACCACGACAUUGUCGGAGCAGCAGUUGGACGGGUGGCUAAAGGACGUUGUAUCGCCUGGCGAUUUUCUGACUUCGCUCAAGCUGCAUGAAGGUCAUGUGGGCGCAAAGCUGGAGGUUUUCGAUCAAUUUCUCACUGCUUACAACAAGAAAAAUCCCGGCCACAUCGAUAUACUCGACUUCUUGACGUUGAAACUUGGCGGCGAAGGUGAGUUGGCGUCGGUGUUGGCGAAAGGCGCCAACAGCGACGGAGCUGUGAAUGCGAAAACUCUGGCGCUAGAGGAGAUGCUGCUUACGAAAUGGAAAAAUGAAAAGCUGUCCGCGCAAGACAUCGUGGAUCGGCUUAAACUGACCGAAACAAUUGACGAUCUAGUAAGCCCAAAGCUAGCGACGUUCCUGAAGCACAUUGCGAGUAUCUCUGGUGACGCAAAGGAUCCGGCGGAUGAGAUUACGCUGCUUCAGAUGUCUACGAAUCGCUUUGGAGAUGAAGCUGUCGCAGUGGCAUUGGUGAGGGCAAGGGGCGAUGCUUUCUUGAAGUCACACGUGGAUAAAUUGGAAAUACGACUUGUGGAGAUCUGGCUAGCUGAUGGAAAAUUACCUGAGGACGUUUUCGCCAUGAUUUCGUGCUACGGUGGUGAGCAUGUACUGGCACAGGUUUUAGUAUGGGCCAUGGCCUACGAAGGCUCGAGCAAACAAACUUUGAAGCUGGAGAGACAGCUGCUUUCAAAUUGGAAAAAUGAGAAGUUGAAGCCGAAUGAUAUCGUACGCAGGCUUAGAAUGACGGAUGACGUGAAAGGAUCGGCAAUCCCAAAGCUAGUGAUGUUCAUGAAGUACAUUGCUACGAGCUACAGAAAGAGAUGGAAGCUUAUGCGUACGCUUCCUGAAAUGUUCACGGAGCGCCUUGGGGACGAAGAUAUGAUGGGGGCACUGGUAUUGGCAAGCAAGAUCGACGUUUUGAAAGAAGACAUAAAGGUCUUGAUAAAUCAGGUUUGGAAGAGGCGGCUAGCCGCUGGCGAACCCAUUGAUCGUGUGUACAAGUCGCUGGGGAUAGGUAAAAUGGAGUCGAUGGCAUUUUUUGAUCAACAAGUGGAGGUGUUGAAAGAAAUUAUGAAGAUCUACAACAAAAGUAAGUUGACCGAUGUCGAUUUGCUGACGACCAUGACGUCUAUUUGUGGUAGUGAAGAAAACCUUGCACGGAUCUUAGGAUGGGCUACAGGUUAUGAAUACCGAAGUAAAAAAGCGUUGGAGCUGGAGAACCUGCUGCUUGGAAAAUGGCGAAAUGAAAAGCUGACGCCAGAGGCUGUCAUGCAUCGGCUUGGUAUGACAAGACGGGUUGAUGAAAUGACAGGUCCAAAGCUAGAGAUAUUUGUGAAAUUUAUGGAUAUGCACCAGAAAGAAGAUCCAACGCGUGAGCUGUCGGUCUUGAAGAUAUUUACGACGUAUUUCGGACAUGCAUGUGUGGCGGACGCAGUGGCGAAGGCAAGGGCGGGUCGCUUGCCGGAUGCGUACGAGAAGGUCCUGGAACCACAACAAUUGAAGAUAUGGCUAGCUGAAGUAAGGGCAAGGACGGCCGGCCCAUCAAAUCAGCACGUGAAGGAACUGGAGAAAGAGCUCUUGAGCAGUUGGUAUAGCGCGAACAAGUCAAUCGAGGAGGUGUUUGCGCUACUUGAUAUGAAGAGUCACGUACACAAGGCUUCGAGAGAUCUGAAAUUCAAGUUGCUGAUAAAGUACAUGGAGUCGAAACACAGUUGGUCGUGGCCGUCGAUCUUUGAGGCGCUGGAGAAAUGCUACGAUGACGAUAUCAAUCUCGCGCUCACGCUUGUCGAAGCAUAUCAAAAAGAUACUGACAUACAGGAUUUUGCCUAUGAAUACCUGACGUCUUUGUUCGACCGAUGGUGUAGUGAAAGCGUAAAGCCUGACAGUGAAUUCAUCAAAAGAGUCAAAGAGAGAGAUGCGGUAAACUGGGCCACGCUUGUUGACAUGUACACGGAGUAUUACGAUGAAGAAGCAGCAGAUGUGAUUCACCUGACGACUUCGAGACUCGUGUAA